GCUCCUUCAUUUUACCCCAAAAAAAAAAAAAAUUCGAAACCUCUUCUCUCUCCCAAAACAUCUCUUUCAAAGUAUCCGUUGUAACAGUUCGCGUAAUCUAAGAGACAAAAAUCGCCACUCAGAAGAAGCAGAGACGAAGAAAGAAGAAAGAAUCGAAUCCAAUCGAAGUUUCGGAAAACGAUGUCGUUUCGGGAAAAGAUGCCGACGAGUCCCAAAUCGCCUCUACGAAGGAGACGCUCGAGCUGGACCGGGUCAUGGCUCAACCACCCGACGACGUCGUUCAAGGAAGUCGUCUCCGCCGUGAUCCAGUCUCAAUCGCCGAGAUCCACGUCUAAACCCCAAACCUCCGAUUUCGAUUUCAAUAUCGAUUUCGAUUUCUCCAAAGUCGAUCGAACGCUCUCCUUACCCGAUUCCCUCCUCCUCAGAAUCCUCCAGAAGCUUCCCGAUUCCCAGAACAACAACAACGACGUCUCACUCGUCUGCAAACGGUGGCUGAGUCUCCAAGGACGCCGUCUCCGCACUCUCAAGCUCCUCGAUUACGACUUCCUCUUAUCCGAGAAGCUCACCUCCAGGUUCCCGAAGCUCACGAGCAUCGAUCUAUCAAACGCGUGUAUGAAUCCGAAUCCGAAUCCGAAUCCGCCGCGAAACUCUAAUAUCCUCCUCUGCCACAAAUCGACUUCGUUCCACGUGUCAUCAGACUCGUCGAACUGGGAGGAGAAUCUGUUACCGAGCGAAGUAAUCGACAGAGGACUUAGGGUGUUAGGAAGAGGAAGCUGCGAUUUGCUUAAGCUCGUGGUGACUAACGCUACUGAGCUAGGUUUACUCGGUUUAGCCGAGCACUGUUCCGAUCUUCAAGAGCUCGAGCUCCGCAAGUGUAACGAUAAUAUCUUACGUGGCAUCGCUGCUUGCGAGAGUCUAAGAGUGUUGAGACUGGUGGGAAGCGUGGAGGGACUGUAUACUUCUUCUGUUUCCGAUAUUGGUUUGACGAUAUUAGCACAAGGGUGUAAGGGGCUUGUGAAGCUUGAGCUUAGUGGCUGUGAAGGUAGCUUUGAUGGGAUUAAAGCGAUAGGGCAGUGCUGUGAAGUGCUUGAAGAGCUUACGAUUUGUGAUCAUAGGAUGGAUGAUGGUGGGUGGAUAGCUGCGCUUUCGUAUUUCGGGAGUUUGAAGAGGCUGAGAGUGUUGUCUUGUAGAAAGAUUGAUUCUAGUCCUGGGCCGGAGAAGAUGCUUAGGUCUUGUCCGGCGUUGGAGAGUUUGGAGCUCGUGAGGUCUUGUUUGAAUGAUAAAGAAGGGAUGAGAGCCUUGUUUAAGGUGUGUGAUGGAGUGAAAAGGGUUUAUAUUCAGGAUUGCUGGGGGUUGGAUGAUGAUUCUUUCAGCUUGGCUAAAGCUUUCAGGAAGGUGAGGUUUGUGUCGUUGGAAGGAUGUUCAGUCCUAACAACAGGCGGUUUAGAGUCAGUCAUUUUGCACUGGGAAGAGCUCGAGAGCAUGAGAGUGGUGUCAUGUAAGAAUAUAAAAGACUGCGAGAUUUCACCGGCACUUUCGUCUUUGUUCUCACUUCUCAAAGAACUGACGUGGAGACCAGACACAAGGUCUCAUCUCUCGUCCAAGCUCGAAGGUGCUGGAAUUGGAAAGAGAGGCGGCAAAUUCUUCAAGAAGAGAUGAUGUAUCUUAUUUCCCUGAAAAUUCUUGCAGACAAAACUUUUUAGUUAUCUUCUUCGUGGUGCGUUAUUGCCAUGUUGUAAAAUCUACCUGUGGUAACAAAUAUGUGUAGUCAAUGUUCAAAACACUUGUGUAUUGCAACGUUCUGUUGUUAUGUAUAAUAAUAAAACUAUUCUCGUUCA